UAUGCACUAUACCCAAUACUGAGCUAAAUCUCUCAAGGUAACUGAACCGUUUGGAACACUUCAUUGAGUUAAUAUAAUAUAAAUCACGGAAGACACUCUCACUUCAUUUUGCCUUGUGCAAUAGUGUAUAACCACACAAGCCAUAAUACCCUCUUUUGUUGGCCUAUAGUAAAAUGCUUUCCAUUCGAUGGAAUAGGGCGUAUGGUACAUACUAAUGCACCCUUCACUGUCAACGUGUAGAUAUACCAAGGAAGGGUAAGCGAGGAUAUAUAACAUUUUAAUGCACCUGGUGAUGAAGCCGUUGUAUAUUUCGGAGAUAUCAUUUAUAUAAACUACUUCACUGCCUGAUAAGUUAUUUAAAACAAUACCCGAUGCAGCGAUUAUUAUAUUCCAGCUCUUGUUGGCCAUUGAGCCGAUCGGAUAUAUUUGAAAUACUGGGGAAUACAACUCGUUGUUGAUAGACAUCGUCUUUUGAAAGUGGUUACUAUCUUUAUGGUGCAUACGACAAAGAUGAGGGGUAGAAUGUUUAAAAGGUUGUGGAUCGUAUCCGCCAUAUCCGUUUUUCUACUAGUUGCAUACUCUAGCAUCGUUCUAGUACCCGCGAAGGAGAAUCCUCUGGAAGUUGGCUGGCUGAAAGAUGUCCAUUGGACGCCGGGAACGCUGAAAGUGGGUAUCUACGACUUCUUGAUAAACCCGUCGGACGCCUGUAAGUUGGGAAGCAGGGAUAUGACAUUGCUACUCCUGGUCAAGUCAGCGCCCUCCAACAAACCCCGCAGGGAUGUUAUUCGAGAGACCUAUGUAAGUGGUAUCAAGGAAUUGAACUUACCCGCUAGGGUGCUCUUUGUCAUGGGAAACCUCGAGGACAGCAUGGAGCGAGAAAGCAUCAGGGAAGAAGCUGAUCUGCACGGGGAUAUCCUCCAGGCUGACUUCAAAGACCACUACUAUAACCUGACCAUCAAGCUCAUCACGGGUUUCAAGUGGGUGGCCAAUUUCUGCAGGAACACCGAGUUUGUGAUGUCCAUUGAUGACGAUGUGAUGCUGGACAUCGUGACCCUUGUUCAGGACCUAGAGGGGUUACCUUCCUGGAACCGUACCAACCUCUGCCUCGGUGAGCCUAACGUGGGCAAGCCGAUCAGGAACGAGGACAGCAAAUGGUACUGUCCGAAGGAGCUAUACCCAGAGGAUACCUAUCCUCUGUCACCAUUUGGCGCGGGUUACGUACUGUCCCAGGACUCCGUACAGAAACUCUACGUCGCAUCUAAAGUAGUGUUACCCAAAGUGCCUUUUGAUGACGUCUACUGUGGCAUGCUCCUAGAUGCGACGGGGAUCGCCAUCGCCGACAGAGUCAAACUAUACGCUAAACUGCAUCCAGAUCGUAAACCGAAAGACUAUCUAAAGAGUCAGUUGUCUGUGCAUCAAAUGACAAAAGCCUGGGAUAAUUGGGAGGACUUCAAGGACGUCAGUGAAAGGGAAAAUCACAGAACUAAACGUGCAAAAUUAUUCAUUUUUCCAUUUUUAUUAGUAUUGCUAUUAUGUAUGUUUUUCAUUUGUACGAUUGUGCAUUGCUGACCUCGGAUAUUUGAAUUUUCUGAUUCAAAAUUUAAUAAUAGCAUUAAUUUCAAUAACUAUAUCAGAUCAUCAUUGAUGUAAUAAUGGGGGUAUACACAAGCAUAUUGUUUUAUAUCUCAGCAUCCAAGUUAAUCCAAGUAAAUAACAAAUGUAUGAACGAAAAGCGAAAUAUUUAGGUUUUCUUCAAUCAGAUUUACAGAAGAACAUCAUCAACUCACUCAACUUCCUAUUUCAUAUUCAUGUUGAAAGUUUCACCGAAACUAUAUAUAAGCAAAAUCUUAUUGGGUUUUUUUUAAGUUUAUACUCUUUAUGAAUGCUCUGUGCUUGUAUUUAUAUAUUCGAAGUAGUGUGUAAUUUCGAAACAAACCUCUUAAAGGAAACCCCAAAACCAAGAAGAGAAGCAAUCUUAUUGGAAAGAGUAACGAGAGGAACAAUUUAAAACACGUCUAAUCAAAAUCGUGAAAUAAACAAGUUAUGGACGUUCAAAAGGUCUUGUUGUACUUUCUAUGGGGAUUCUCAAAUUGGCAAACAUGCUUCAAAAUGGCUGGUUUGUGGACAACUCUCCAUUCGUGGUGUACACAUUUUUUUAUGAAUUUUCCCAUAUUCUUUCAAAUUGCAUAUUGGGAAAAUAUAAUACACACCACAUAUAUCAAGGUCAGGAGGAAAUGAUGUGAAAUAUUUAAAAUAAAAGGGAAAAACUCAAAAAAAUCUCAUAAAACAAAUGGAGAGUUGUCCACAAAAUCAGCCAUUUUGAAGCAUGUUUGCCAAUUUGAGGAUUCCCAUAGAAGGUACAACAAGACUUUUUAAACUUCCAUAACCGAUUUUGACGAAACUUGUUUUAUAUUGUUCCUCUUGUUUUACUCUUUCCUAUGAGAUUGCUUUUCUUCUCGGGUUUUUGGUUUUCUUGAACUUUAAUAAACAAUGUACUAGUUAGCCGUCGACAUUGAGAUUUGAAAUAGGAACAAGACGGUAGCUCUUUUUUCCCCAGAAGAAGCUUUUCCUAGAUGUUUGAAGGAGGAACAUGGUCGUCUGUACAGAAGAGUUGGGCAUUCUUUGUGAUUAAAAACACCCUGGCAGCAAAAAGUUGAUUUGAAAAAAAGAGAAAAAUGCAACUAGCAUAACACCGACAAAAAGUUAU